UCUAUAGCCGAAACAGAUGGAGACGGCUAAUCUUAGCGGGAACUUCUAAAUCAGUCCGCCCAAGAAAUACUGCUGCUCAUGGAUACAGCCGAUAUCACAAUGGGUGAGAGGAAGCCCGCCUUCUUCAAGGUCUUGACCAAAAACUUUGCCACUUACCUGAGGUUGCCGCCGUUAUUUACCCAUAAAUUUAGAAAGCGGUUGCCGCAAUAUCCAGUUCUGACGGUAGGAACUGAGGAAGAAUGGCGUGUGAAGAUGGAGGAGGUUGCGGAGGCCCAGUGUUUCACCAAGGGCUGGCCCAAAUUCGUGAAGGACCUGAAUUUGGAUCUCCACACUUUUCUGGUCUUUUGGUUUGAAUCCCCGUCCAAAUUCUUCGUUGAAGUUUAUAAUGAAGACGGCUCUGCUAAGAUUCUUGAUCAUCUUCCUUCUACAGGUAUAGUUUCCCCAAAGAAGGCAUAUGCACGGGAAUCUGCUGUAGAGCCAUUAUCAUCAGAUGUACGUACCAGGAAGAGGAAAAGGGCAUCAUUCUCUAUCGAAAUGAAACCAUCCAACAGAUACAGAUGGAGAAUUCCAUCAAACUUCAUGAGAGAGACUGGAAUUAUGGGAAGCAAGUGUUUGGUACUGAAGGAUCCAAGUAAAAGGGAAUGGCCGGUGUUGAUAUCAUGCCAUGGUGGGGAUCGCAAGGAGAGAACUGAAAUUGCGAAGGGGUGGAAUGAAUUCCGGACCAAUAAUGGCUUACUUGAUGGGGACAUUUGCACCUUCUACUACCCUGCUGAUGGAAGUGAAGAAGAAGAAGAAGAAGAAGACGGUGGUGGCUGGUUGCUCCAAGUUGAGGUGACAAGAGCAGGUCCUUAGGCCUCUGACUCCUUUGUUAGGCCAAAAAGGAAUUUGCCAUCUGCCUUCUUGGUUAUUUUUUCUUCUGUUUUUGGCCAUUAACCAAAAUUAGACAUAAACUUUUAGUUUUGACUUUUGAUACAAAGUGUUCCUCAUGUCUAUAGGAACAAAAGUGAAUGUGGUGAUGUUCACUCUGGUGCGUUUUUUAUAUUUUCAUGUGCAAUCUUAGUUUUGCCAUUUAUUUGUAAACCAUUUUUGUAAACCAGAAUGCAUGGACAUGAGUUCUGGUAUGAACUUCUAAGAUCUGUUUUUUAGAGCCCUCAAACACAUUUCUUUGUCUUCUGUAUUGAUC